AUUUCUUUCUUGCUAAAUUUCAUGUAGCAAAAGCAGUUUCAUUCCAUAGCAUCUCAAGAAAUCAUUAUCAUGGCAAUAGCAGCAAAAUUUGGUGAUACGAAUAUUUAUGAAUCCCGAGAUGUUGGGGAAAUGAUUUUUCACUUCUUUGAUGAAGUUGAGGAGUUUUCAUCUGGUAGCUCAUCAUGUGGUUCUUCUAGCACUGGCUUUGAUGGUGGAGAAGGCGUUUAUCAUGAGGCUGAGGAGGAGGAUGACGAGGCGGCGGCGGCAGCGGCUGCUGACACCGAAGGAAAUGGUUGUAAGGCUGAUGCGGCCAAGGCCUUUUGGGAUUCCCAAGAGGAGCCUUUGCUGUCAACUUUACGUAGGACCACUUCUUUUGAAUCAAAAAUCAGGAAGGCAACAAAGGAAGCUUUAAUGGAGUUAAAUACCAUUUGUGUUAAUUGUGCCUGCCAGAAUAGGGCUGUUGAUGGCUGCCGGAAAUGCAUGCUGAAAGAAGUCUGCGAUCGGCUUCAGAAAGAUGGAUUUAGUUGCUCCAUUUGCAAGUCCAAGUGGAAAAGCUCACAGGAAAUUCCGGCCGGGGAGCAUACCUACUUGGAAGUUGUUCAAAACACAACAUCUAAAGGUGAAGUGAAGGUGAUCAUUGAGUUGAAUUUCAAGUCAGAAUUCAUGAUGGCAAGAGGUUGUGAGGAAUAUAACCGGCUGCUUGAACGAUUGCCCGAUGUAUAUAUUGGAAAGACUGAAAGACUCAAAACUCUGAUCAAAAUACUGUGUUCUGCAUCAAAGAAGUGCAUGAAGGAGAAUAAAAUGCAUAUGGCACCAUGGAGGAAGCAUAAAUACAUGCAAGCGAAGUGGCUUGGCAAACCUGAAAAGCAACGACCAACAUCAAUCUUGCCUGAAUUGCAUAUGAAAAUCAGGCCAUCAAGGCCCAAGGCCUCCAUGCUUACCUUUGAUUUCUCGGAUAAUUUGAAAACCUUGCUCCCAGCAACCAUGAUUAAAGUCUUGUAGUCAUAAUUUUAUUGUCAAUUUUGCAAGCUAGAUGUCUUAGGUUUUGCUCUAAAUUAUGAGAAGUGAUGGUGGUAGUUGAGUUUUUUGAGAGUCUUGUGUAUGAUUUCUUUUCAGAGAAAGUGUUGUUGGUUUGUAAAUAAGGGAAGAGAUUUAAUUAAUUGUUUUGAAGGAAAUUAUAUUGUUAUGAAGCACAAAAAAGAAUGUAAAGUAGGUUAAACGUCAAUCUUGUCCAGCUAGCGUGAUGGAUGCAAAUUCAAGCAAACGAUAACCAUGGUCUCAAGCUGAAAA